CAGCUGUUGGAGCUCAUCAGGCGUGAAGGACCAGCGGGGCCAUUUAUUUGAGAACAUGUCCAGUUCAUUGGAGAGGGUUGUGGCCCAGAAGAAGAAGGCCAUCGAGGCAGUGAUGGAAAUGUUUGAGAGGGGGGCCGAGGUGUUGGCCAGCACUGUAGGUGAGCUCUUCCCCCUCUGCGAGGCCGCUGCUCCAGUCCUCCGCCUGGCGUUAGAUAACGUCCAGAGCAAAGAGGUCUUCUAUGUCAAAGAGCAAUUCUUGACGGUGAAGAACAAGCUGGACGUGCUCUCCACACAACUGGAAGACAUUGACUGCGAGAUCAAGAAGGGGAGAUUGGACUCCCAGUACUUCUCCGUGGAAGAGAACAUUAGGAACCAGUUUAGGAAAUAUAUGGACAUCUUGGAGGCAAAACAACAGUUCAGGGAGGUGAAGACCAGGCUUUUUCUGGAGCACUUUGCUAAAACUGGAGGAGAGAAGAACCUAUUUGUGCUGUAUGAUGCGCUGAUGGGCACUAACACCUUUGGAGAGUCAGUUUUAGAGCUGGUAGAAAGGUAUGUGGCGAGGAACCGACGUCUCCUGGAAGAUUUCUGUGUCCGGAUGAAGGAACUCUUGUGUUUGGGCCUGAUUGCUCUGCUGGGCCACUGUGCCUUAACACGAGGCCAGGAGGAAGAAGAGGACAAAGUCCAAGAGUGGAGCAGCAAAAUUGAAGAAGUAGAGUCCAGGAUGAAGGCAACCAUUGAGUCCUGCAUUGCUUCCUUCCCAGAGCAAGCAAAGUUAGACGCCCAGCGACUCCUGCAAGAAAAAUCAGAAGACACCCUGCAAGAUACGACUCAGCAGCUUCUGGAGUUCUUAGUGAAAAAGUAUGAUUGGGUCAGCUGGUCAGUGAGGCUAAUCAACCAUUCAGGCAGCACCUACCGGAACUGGCGAGCAGGGGAGCACUUUCAUCACGUGGCGGGGCAGAACUGGUUCGAGGUGCUCCAAGUGAACAACAUAAACCUGGUGGUGUCGUACAGCACCAAACCCCAGCCGGUGCCCCGCGACUGCAUCCGACAGGUGAUGGAUGGUCAGGGGAAGAAGGGAAAUGCCCCGGCAGUGGUAGAGGUGUUGGAGAAGCAGCUGUGCGGGUUUGUUGUUCACGCCGUCAGUCGCCACAAGGAGUCUGCAGCUGCAUGGAGCUUUCCAGAAGAAUGUCACUACUGGGAGAGACACAAGAAUGUGGCAGUGUGUGUGCACUCUGAGUAA